GAGGGGGGCGAAGCGGAGGCCACGCCCCUUUCCACGCACAACCCAGCCGCCGCCAGAGCUCCCAGUGGCAAGGCCUGGCAGAGGGGAGAGCCAGGUCUGUACCAGGAGCCCGCUCUGCCGUGCCACCGGUAGGAGGGUCAGACCUUCAAAGUUAUAUCUGCUUUUACUAUAACGGCAUGGAACGAUGACACUCCUAGCUCAAGAAACUUGUCGAUGUAGUGAAAUCCUUUUUGGUGUAUGAUUAAACUGCUUUUAAGGCUGAAUUUCCCAAAUGGAUGAUAUAGCAGUUCAGAACAGAGAGUGUGAGCUGAAGCUUUAAGUUAGAAGUGGGUGAAAUCUCAUAAGAAUGGCUGAAAACCAGGAGGAUGAUGAACCUCUUAUUCUUACUUUGGAAGAAAAUGGUGAUUGUGCUGAUCACGCUGCAGAUGGAACAAACAAUGAUACGACUUCAGUGCGAUUAGAGUAUGAUCAGCUUGCAGAUAUCUCGGAGCAAGGCCAUAUAUCAGACAAUUCAGCCACAAGCUGGGAGACACGAUACCAAGAAGCUGCCAUCUACCUCCAGGAGGGAAAGAAUAAUGACAAAUUUUACACACAUCCCCGUGAUGCCAAGGCGCUUUCUGCAUAUCUCUUCGCACACAAUCAUUUUUUUUAUUUAGUGGAACUCGGCACAGGCCUUCUGCUGUUGCUGCUCUCAGUAUGCGAAGCUCCAGCUGUUCCCUCUCUGCGGCUGGAUAUUUAUGUUCAUGCUACUUUGGAACUGUUAGCUCUUGCACUGGUGAUGUUUGAAUUGAGCAUGAAGAUGAGAUGGCUUGGGUGCCGAAGUUUUCUAAAGCAUCGCAGGACCAUGCUGAAGAGUGGUGUGCUACUGGUGCAACUUAUUGAAGCCAUUGUAGUGCUAGUGAGACAGACUUCACACAUGCGCGUAACUCGAGCCUUGCGCCCCAUUUUCUUGGUGGACUGUAGAUACUGUGGAGCUGUACGGAGGAAUCUGCGUCAGAUCUUCCAGUCUCUUCCACCUUUUAUAGAUAUCCUUCUUCUCCUCCUAUUCUUCAUGGUAAUUUUUGCUAUAUUAGGUUUCUACUUGUUUUCUCCAAAUCUGUCUGAUCCAUAUUUUAGCACUCUGGAAAAUAGCUUGGUCAGCCUGUUUGUGCUUCUUACAACUGCCAAUUUCCCGGAUGUCAUGAUGCCGGCAUAUUCUCGCAACCCUUGGUCCUGCAUCUUCUUCAUUGUCUAUCUGUCCAUUGAACUCUACUUCAUCAUGAAUCUUCUCCUGGCUGUUGUUUUCGACACAUUCAAUGAUAUAGAAAAAAAGAAGUUCAAGUCUUUGCUACUGCACAAGCGCACAGCCAUCCAGCACAGCUACCAGCUGCUCUUCAACUCACAGGGACCCCCUGGGGUCUCCUUUUGUCAUUUCGAUGGGAUGAUGAGAUUUUACAAGCCCCGCAUGUCUGCUCGGGACCGAUAUUUGACCUUCAGGGCCUUGAAGCAGAGUGGUGCAGAUAAUCUCAGAUUAAGUGACUUUUACCAUUUUUACGAAGUUGUUGACUUGAAGUGGAAGGUACAGAGGAUCCGUGAUCACUGGUUUGAUGAUCUGCCUCCCACAGCACUUCUUAUAUUUAAAGGUAUCAAUGUAUUGGCAAAUUCAAAAGCUUUCCAGUAUGCCGUAUAUGCAGUUGUGGCAGUCAAUGGUUGCUGGAUUCUAGCUGAAACAUUUAUGUUGCGGGGUGGUAACUUUUUUCCAGAAGGUGUUCCUUGGAGCUACAUUGUUUUCCUGACACUCUAUGGGGUUGAGCUUAUGCUGAAGGUGACAGGUCUAGGGCCUCUUAAAUACUUUACAUCAGGCUGGAAUCUGUUUGAUUUUUCAGUGACAUUACUGGCUCUUCUUGGACUCCUAGCUCUGGCCUUUGACAUGAAGCCUUUUUACUUCAUUGUGGUACUGCGACCUUUGCAGCUACUUAGGCUUUUUAAAUUAAAGAAGCGUUACAGAACAGUGCUAGACACAAUGUUUGAAUUACUUCCACGGAUGGCCAGUUUGGGUCUGACUCUGCUCAUCUUCUAUUAUUCAUUCUCCAUUGUGGGCAUGGAGUUCUUCUCUGGAGUGCUAUAUCCAAACUGCUGCAACACCAGCACAGUGGCGGACUCAUAUCGUUUUCUGAACCGUACAGUGGGCAACCAAACUCUUCCUGAGGAGGGAUACUAUUACCUAAACAACUUUGACAACAUCCUUAACAGCUUUGUGACUCUGUUUGAGCUGACAGUGGUAAAUAACUGGUACAUCAUAAUGGAAGGUGUUACAUCUCAAACGUCACACUGGGCACGUCUAUACUUCAUGGUUUUCUAUAUUGUCACCAUGGUUGUAAUCACCAUAAUCGUAGCUUGUAUUCUGGAUGCCUUUGUGUUCCGCAUGAACUACAGCAGGAAGAACAAGGAUGCAGAAGAUGAUAAAGGAAUUACUUUGGAAACAGAAGUUGGGAGAGAGGAGUUAACUCUUAUUCUUAGACAAGCCCAAAGCAAUGAAGAGAAGUCACAGCUACGCAAAUUGCUCUCUCAUCUGCAAGCUAAUGAAACUGGGUCUGUUCUGUUUGUGGGCCGCAGAUCUAGAACCAAGAGUGACCUAAGCAUGAAAAUGUACGAGGAAGAGAUCCAGGAAUGGUACAAGGAGCACUCUCAGGCACAUGGAAAGAAGUCAAUAGAGCUACAGUUUGCUCCGGGUGGCCUGCGUCCUCGUUCCCGCACAGUUAACUGAAUGUUUUCCACAUACCGUUCACCUCACUAUGCAAUUGCCAGUAUUCAUAUUUCCUGUUUCUGCCGAAGACCGCCAUAAAGGAUGGUCAGCCUAGGAGGAAUGUGACGAAUAAAUGGGUGUGUUACCCUUCUACCCUGCAAACACAAAGCCUCUCUCGACCACAAUGUCUUCAUGGACUGUUCAGGAAAUGACUAAUAUGAAGAGAUUUGUCAUUCUUUAAAUGAGUUAAGGUUUGAUUUUGAAUCUAACCAUACUAUCCUACUGUAGAUAAGAACGUGAAGGCAAGAAAAUAGCUGCUUUUAAAAUACAGGUCCACAUAAUCUCUUCUCUUUUAAAACCAGUUUUGAAAGCCUGUUUCCUAAAGCUUCCUUAUAUUGCUAACUAACUGACUUGUUUUGCUCUUUCUAUGAAUUGAGAGCAUUCCAUGAUGCAGACAAUCAGAUCUGGUUUCUUGUACAACCCUCCUACUGUGCUGGUCACCAUAUUAAUCCAAUCAUUGAUUGUCCUAUAACUCUUACUACCGGAAGAUGAUAAUGCACAUAUAUACAAACAGCUAUAUUUGUAAGAUAUUAAUAAAUCAGAAUUUUAUAACAAG